AUUCAAUAUUUUUUAUAGAAGGUAUUACGAUAAUAAUGUUAUGUCCAAUGUGCAAGAAUGGACGCACUGUGUUGAGCAUAUUACACCGUUUUUAAAAGGGGUUAAGAAAGAGCUGGGAAGGCCUAAGAAGAUCAUGGCGGAGGACUAUAUUGUACUUCGACUGAUAAACUUGAUUCGAGCGAACACCACGAAAAUGACGCGCGCCGAGAAGAAAACCACGAUGUACCAGAUCAGCAAGCUGAAGAUCCACCUGUACUCCUGGCAUCUCAGCGCGGUGAUGCAGCUCACUACCCUUAUUGCCAGGUUACACGGGCGGAGUAAUAAAGUGGACUUUUUCUCCUUAAAAACUGGAAUACUGAAUAUGCUGGCGGGGUGGCAGGCGGACGCGUCCAAUAAGACCGCACUGCUGCGGCAGGCGAAGUUGUACCGGCCACCCUGUAUACCACGGGGCGAGCAAGGGUCCUCCAAGUUCGUGCGAGGCAGCACGAUCAGUACCACGCCCAACCAGGUGGACCGCUUCGCUGACGACUUGGACUGCCGCCGCCGAAACGCCGACGACGUUUGCUUAGAUUGACGUUAUGAUACUGUUGUUUUUUGAUUUGUAUAUUAACCUUUUAACCGCCAGCAAUUUUUGAUCGAGCGUGCUCGUGUCGCCACCGACAGUAAUUGUACCACGCAGAGUAAGGUUGGCAUAGUUACGGGAGUUAUAAAUGUGCUGUAAAAACCAAAUCAGAUCUUUGUCUUAUUUAUCAGACUGUGGCGAAAUGAGCUGGAUAUGUAAUGUCUUAUAUAUCAGACUCUGGCGGUUAAAGG